CGUAGUAUAAUGUAUUUGUAUCAGUGUAGAUCACACAUCUACUGUUAAAAUAAAUAUAGUGGAUAGUGAGUGGAAAAGAGACAGGAGAGACAGUCGUGAGACAUCCGUUGAGUGAACACACGUGUUGUCUCUAUGAAAUAUUGCAAGUGUUCCUAGCUCAAAUUACAUAGAAAAUAAUGUCGCAAAAAAUUUUAAAAAUGCCUAGAAUAAAAACCUUAGAUCUUCCAAUUUCAACAAUUGACAAAAUAAACAAUGAUGUCUGCUUGGAUAAAAAUGAUAAUUAUUUUAUGGAAAAUAAAGUUACUGACAAUGAUGAUCAUCAACUAGAUAAAUUAACAACUCCGUCAUCUGAUCAAAUGAUUUGUAGUAAAUCGAGAACAAUUUACACAGCUGGAAAAAAAAAUAAAGCCAACAUAUCUAACCAAAGAACUGAGCCUUUCAUUAUUGGUAUAUGUGGUGGUAGUGCAUCUGGUAAAACAACAGUUGCAACAAAAAUCAUUGAGUCUCUUGAUGUUUCCUAUAUCACACUUCUAAGUAUGGAUUCAUUUUACAAAGUUUUGAAUGAAAAAGAACGUAAAUCAGCAGAACGUACAGAAUAUAAUUUUGAUGUACCAGAUGCAUUUGAUUUUGAUUUGUUAAAAGAAACAUUAUAUAAAUUAAAAAAAAGACAAAUGGUUCAUGUACCAGUUUAUAAUUUUAUAACACACAACAGAGAAAACAGAUCUAAAACAGUGUAUGGUGCAAAUGUGAUAAUCUUGGAAGGUAUUUUGACAUUUCAUGAUAAGGACAUAUUAAAUAUGUGUGAUAUGAAAGUAUUUGUUGAUACUGAUGCUGAUUUACGACUUGCUCGUCGUAUUACACGAGACAUAUUACAUAGAGGAAGAGAUUUAGAAGAUGUACUUAAACAAUAUGAAACAAUGGUAAAACCAUCGUACACUUAUUAUAUUGCACCAUUAAUGAGUCAUGCCGAUAUUAUUGUACCAAGAGGUGGUGAAAAUGAAGUUGCUAUUGAAUUAAUUUCUGGCUUAGCAAAAAAACAUAUAUUGAAUUAAUUAUUCAAAUUAUUAUUGUUAAGUUAAUACGAUUAUUAUUAAUUUUUUUUUUUUUUGUUUUUUGUAUUCAAUAAAUAAUGAUGAUGACGAUGAGAUGAUAGUAUUUUUAAUUUUGGUCUUUUAACUUGUAACUUUAAUAAAGUUUUUUUUUUUUUAAUGAAAGAUUAAUUUUAAAAAUUGAAAAAAAAAAAUAUUAUCCUUAGAUCUUUAUUUUGCAUUUAUUAUUAAGCUUUUUUCUUUAUUAUUACUGUUUGAAAAAGACUGUUGAUUUUGUUUUGAAGAUUUGUUUAAAACUUUUUUUUUUUUUAAUGAUAUUUAUAUGAAAAAAAAAAAUAUAAAAUUUUGUAUAAUGUAUUUGUUUAAUAUGAAGAAUAAAAAAAAUCGAAAAAA